AUGGAAAUGAGCGGCUACCUUUCUCUUCCCGCUAUUGCGGACUUCAUCAACGCGUAUGAGGAUAAACCAACCGCUGAAAAUGCCAAGAUCAUGGUGAGCGGUCUUCUCACUUACGCGUUUGAUUCGAACGAUGGUUGGGUUCUCAAAUGGCAAGAGGACGAGGAGAACAACCACUCGAACUGUUUCAUCGUGAAAGCUACUGGCGAGAACAGGGCCCUUCAUGCCAUCGUGAAGGUUAUUCUCGACCGUUCUGCUCCAAUCGAAGAGCACUGGGAUCAACAGGUUCCCCGUCUGAUCAAUGCCCCGAUUCCUACCGAGCGAUGCUGGGCCCUCGUUAUCCGUGGACUCAAAGUCCGCCUUUAUGAGUACCACCGUGGCGAGGAACCCGACAACCGUCUAGUCCCCUGUGACUUCAAGGUCAAAGACAAGUUGAAGCACUCGGUUCACAUUCGCAAGAAUGUUGACUCUGUCAACAGUGUUUUCAUCAGCAUCCCUGGUCAGGUCCCGAAACCACUCAAUGAGGACGAACAAGGCAGCCCAGCUGCGAAUUAUUCUCCCGCCGACUUGGCAGAUGACCCGAAGGCUGCACCUGAUGAGACUCUUGUGACUGUCUCUACCUCUGCCACUUGCCCCGAGCCAUCCUCUGAGAAUCCUGCCGCCGAGACCAGCGAGGAUAAUGCACCUACCAAAGCUGAGCCUGUCACUGAGUGUGAGACCACAGUCCAGGCCAAGCCAGCUAUUGAACUCGAUACUACUGCUGCCCAGCCGAAGCGUGCUACUGGGGCCAACGGAACUCAGGCCAAGAUCACCACUCAAGCCAAGGCUGCUACCCAGUCCAAGGGUGCCACCCAGUCCAAGGGUACCACCCUGUCCAAGAGUGCUACUCCGUCCAAGGGUGCUACUCCGUCCAAGGUCGCUACUCCGUCCAAGGUCGCUACUCCGUCCAAGGUCGCUACUCCGUCCAAGGUCGCUACUCCGUCCAAGGUCGCUACUCAGUCCAAGGUCGCUACUCCGUCCAAGGUUGCUACUCAGUCCAAGAGUGCUACUCCGUCCAAAGUUGCUACUCAGUCCAAGAGUGCUACCCAAGCCAAUACUACUUCUCAAUCUAAGGCUGCUCUUCUAGCCAAGGGUGUUUCUGGCAUCAAGCUCACCCCCAAGAUGAAGCCUACACUGGGGAUUGAGGUCAUGGGACAGACAGCCAUGGACUCGUAG